GCGCGGAGCUGAACUCCAUCUCCUCUGGGUUUGCUGUGGGACGCAAACUUUCAGGCUGCGCGGGCUCGUUGCUUGGUGGGAUCCUAGGGAUACCGGCUCGAUUCUCCGUCGACACGGGCAGCCGGCCUCUCGGAACCCACUGACCUGCUCCUGGGAAGGCGACGAGAUUGUGUAGACGCCGUCAUUUCCCUCCAGGGGACGCAGCCCGCAGCCCGCAGCACUGCUCUUGGCAGUUUUGACAGGUGCCCGCCGCCGGGGAAUAAAUGGCUGCUGGGCAGGAUCGAGUGGUUGCUCUUGUGGAUAUGGAUUGUUUUUUUGUCCAGGUGGAACAGCGACAAAAUCCUCACUUGAGGAAUAAACCUUGUGCAGUUGUACAGUACAAAUCAUGGAAAGGUGGUGGAAUUAUUGCAGUGAGUUAUGAAGCUCGUGCAUUUGGGGUCACUAGAAACAUGUGGGCAGAUGAUGCUAAGAAGCUAUGUCCAGAUCUUCUCCUGGCACAAGUUCGUGAGUCCCGUGGGAAAGCUAACCUCACCAAGUACCGGGAAGCUAGUGUUGAAGUCAUGGAGAUAAUGUCUCAGUUUGCUGUGAUUGAACGUGCCAGCAUCGAUGAGGCUUAUAUAGACCUAACCAGUGCUGUGCAAGAAAGACUUGAAAAGUUACAAGGUCAGCCUAUCUCAGCAGACUUGUUACCCAGCACUUACAUUGAAGGGUUGCCCCGAGGCCCUACAGUAGAAGAGACUAUCCAGAAAGAGGAAAAUCGAAAACAAGGCUUACUUGAGUGGCUUGGUUCUCUUCACAUUGGUGAUACCACCUCUCCAGACCUACACUUGACCGUGGGAGCAGUGAUUGUGGAAGAAAUGAGAGCAACCAUAGAGAGGAAGACUGGUUUUCAGUGUUCAGCUGGAAUUUCACACAAUAAGGUCCUGGCAAAACUCGCCUGUGGACUAAACAAGCCCAACCGCCAAACUCUGGUCUCACAUGGAUCAGUCCCACAGCUAUUCAGCCAGAUGCCAAUUCGUAAAAUCCGCAGUCUUGGAGGAAAACUUGGGGCUUCUGUCAUUGAAAUCCUUGGGAUAGAAUACAUGGGUGAACUGACCCAGUUCACUGAAGCCCAGCUACAGAACCAUUUUGGAGAGAAGAACGGAUCUUGGCUGUAUGCCAUGUGCCGAGGGAUUGAACAUGAUCCAGUUAAACCCAGGCAGUUACCUAAAACUAUUGGCUGUAGCAAGAACUUCCCAGGGAAAACAGCUUUGGCUACUCGGGAGCAGGUACAGUGGUGGCUCUUGCAGUUAGCUUUGGAACUUGAGGAGAGACUAACCAAAGACCGAAAUGAUAAUGACAGGGUGGCCACUCAGUUGGCUGUCAGUAUUCGUUUUCAAGGAGAUAAACGUCUGAGCAGCCUGCGCCGUUGCUGUGCCCUCACUCGCUAUGAUGCUCAUAAGAUGAGCCAGGAUGCAUUUGCUGCCAUCAGGAACUGUAAUACUUCUGGAGUCCAAACUGAGUGGUCCCCUCCCCUCACGAUGCUCUUCCUCUGUGCCACCAAGUUCUCUGCCUCUGCCCCUUCAUCUCGCACAGAUAUCACCAUCUUCUUGAGCAAUGACUCAAGUUGUCAGUCAAAGGUGCCAACUGCCAGCUCUGAAACUAAGACCCAGGGAACUGGUGCAGCUUUGCCCACAUCUAGAAAGCCAGCCACCUCUCUGGAGUCUUUUUUUCAAAAGGCUGCCAAAAAGCAGACAGUGAAAGAGACUUCCCUUGCUCCUCUCAACACGUCCACAGACAAGUCACCAGUCAAGCCCGCACUACCUUUCCAAAGCAGCCGGACUGCAGGAAUCGAGCCCUUCUUCAAGCAGAAGAGGCUGUUAACACAGCAAACACAGCUUAAUAGUCCUUCAGCUCCUCAUUCUCCACAGAAGGACUCGGAAGCGAUAUCAAGCUAUUUUCCCACAGAGUGUGCAGAUGGCGGUCCUCUUUAUGAAAGAGUGUUGAAGCCACUAUCUUCUAAAGCAAUUUCUACAGAAAAGGAUGUGGCCUGUAACAGUCCAAACAUGCUUAAUUCUUCAGUUUACAACUCUGAGGAGGUGGCCCACAGUGCAGCUGAGGACCAAAUGCUCUGUGAGAAGUGUGACCUGCUGGUCCCAGUGUGGGACAUGCCAGAACACAUAGACUACCAUUUUGCAUUGGAGUUGCAGAAGUCUUUUUUGCAGCCUUGUACUUCAAAACCUCACACUGUUCCUGCAAUGUCUCCUCAGGGCAAAAGAAAUCCCAAGAGUCCUUUGGCUUCCAGUAAUAAACGGCUUAGGCCCCACGGCAUGCAGACACUGGAAUCUUUUUUUAAGCCCUUGACACAUUAAUGCUGCCUUCCGGCUUGUAGAACUUUACAAUAGUUAGUUGUAACUGAGCGAUGGGAUCAUAUUGAUUUCUCAAGGGAAUCUAUGAAAUUGUUAAUACAGUGGGAUCCUGAUCCUGUUUCUGAUCAAAAUGUUUUUAAUGUCUUUAGGGAGACGGUUUGGUAAAAGGUGUAAGGAGCCUUGGCAGACUCCUUCAACAUCGAGCUUUCUCACCUAUCUAUAAAACUAAAGACCAUAAGUGAUAUAUUUAGGGGUGUGACUCCUAAUAACCCCCCAUGCCAGGCGGUGAUGGCGCACGCCUUUAAUCCCAGCACUGAGGAGGCAGAGGCAGGCAAAACUCUGAGUUCAAGACUAGCCUGGUCUAUAAGAGCAAAUUCCAGGACAGCCAGGGCUAUACAGAGAAACCCUGUCUCACAAAACCCAAAAGACCCCCUCCUCAAAAAAACAAACAAACCCCAAAAAAACAAAGUCCUAACUUGAAAUUGGAACAGAAUGGGGGAAAAAUGGGAUUGGGGAUAUAACUCAGUGGUGGAACACUGGCCUAGGGUGCAACACCCUGUCUGUGUUCAAUUCCCAGUACUGGAGUGGGAAUAAAAAUAGUACAUUAGCCAAAAGGCUAAAGUAAUGGAUUUAAUAAAUAAUCUUUUUUUUUU